AUGAUAAAGAGGACUAACACUGGUACUUAUGCUUUAGUUACUUGGACAGCCAACUCUUCAAACAACACACCAAAGUUCAAGGCUUGUUUCUUCUCAUUUGCUGCUCAGUUCAAGGGGUUCCUAAGAGGGUGCAGACCUAUUAUUGGGUUUGAUGGGACACAUUUAAGUGGGUUCUAUAAGGGAAUCUUAUUGACUGUUGUGGGUAUUGAUGGAAAUAAUGAGAUAUUUCCAAUUGCUUAUGGGAUAAUGGACACAGAGAGUAAAGAUAGUUGGACCUAUUUUUUCAGAAACUUCAAGUUGGUUUUCCAGUUACAAGGUGUUAACAAGGAUGACUGGACAUUCAUAAGUGAUAGGAUGAGGGGUGUUGAGGGAGCACUGUUGGAGGUCUUCCCUACAGCUACUAGGAUAAUAUGUUGUCAACACCUAUAUUCCAAUUGCAAGAAUGCUGGAUUCACUGGCCCUGCUUUUCACAAAUCUUUUUGGAUUGCUGCUAAUGCCUACGACCUUUAUGUCUACAACAAAGCCAUGGAGAAGAUAACAAAGGUUGAUCCUAAAGCUACAGAAUAUUUAGACAAGGUAGAAGAGCAGUGGUCUAGGCAUGUAUAUGACCCUGUUGUGUGUUGUGAUCACGACACAAAUAAUUUUGUUGAGUCUUUCAAUGCAUGCACAAAACCUUUCAGAGAUCUCCCUAUCCUCACUUUGUUGGAAGAAAUUAGGGGUUGGUGUAUGAAAAAGAUGGGGGCUAGAUUUGACAGAGCUGUUGACAUGGAACCCAAUGACCUCACUGACUAUGCCACUAAGUUGUUGGAGGUCAGGCCUGAUGAAAGCUGGUUUUGCCAUGUUGUGGAAGCUGGUGGAGGGGAGUUUGAGAUGUUGGAUGAUCAUGUGCACUUCCGUAUUAGGAUAGAAACUAGGAUGUGUGGCUGA